CAGUUCCUUUCUGCAUAUAUACUGGCCGCACAAACACAGAUGAGGAACACAACACAGUCCACUACGAGAGAGAAACUAGCAUUAGUUUGCUGACUCUAAAGCUGUCUGAUAGUGGAAAUGAAAAUACUUAAAAAGUGUAAGACUUCCAAGUGUAUGUGUAUGUUGUAAGAGGUAAAGUCGGAAAAAGAGAUCACAGAUUCAACGCGACGAGAAUCCAGUCUUCUGAACUCACAGAUAAACACCGGUAACCAUUUCAACUGCACCAUAAAUGUCUGGAAUUGUGAAUGAUAGUAUGGAUAAAGGUUCGAUAAUGGACACAGAAGACCGAACAGAAAGGAUUGUUGAUAUCUACAUCAGUGCAGAGGCUGUAAGAGACAUGAAACAUAAGAAAGACACGGAGGAAUUUAACACAGCAAAACCCCAAACACCUCAAAACACAGGAAGUGAUGGUGUGAAGAUCAGAAGCUCCAGAGCAGCUGGUGUGUGUUUGGUGCUGCUGUGUGUUCUUCUGCUGACCGCAGUCAUAGUGCUGUGUGUCUACAUCCAUACAAAGAGCACAAACUACACACAAGAGAGAGACCAGCUACUAAUCCGAAAUGAAAACCUGACUAAUGAGAGAGAACUGCUAAUAUUACAGAAUGGUUAUCUGACGAAAGAGAGAGACCAGUUGAAAUCAGAAAAAAAUGAACUUCAGAAGUGUUUGGCGGAUGGAUGUAAGUGCAAUCAAUCCAGUCUUUACUUCAUUUCCUCUGAGAAGAAGAGCUGGACUGAGAGCAGAAGAUACUGUAGAGAGAGAGCAGCAGAUCUGAUCAUCAUCAACAACAAAGAGGAACAAGAUUUUGUGAAGAUCAUUACUGGUAGUUCUGAAUAUUUCUGGAUUGGUCUGACUGAUCUUGAAGUGGAGGGCAGAUGGAAAUGGGUUGAUGGCAGCAACAUGACCUUACCUGGGUUCUGGGGGGGGACAGAGCCAAACGGCAAACAAAAUGAAGACUGUGCUCUAAAUUAUUCACAAGGAGGGGCUGAUUUUCCAUGUGGUGAUACGUAUAAAUGGAUCUGUGAGAAGAAUAUUCUUAAAUGAUACAUUAUAUUAAAUAUUUACGUAUAUGCAUUAUGAACAUCUAAAUAUGUCUGUUAAACAUCUUGUGUUCAGUAAUUUUACCUGUUUUUAUUUGAAUGGCACUUUAAUUACGUUAUUCUGUAAAAACAUAAAAUAAAAUAAAUGAAAAUAUAAACCAUUGUAAUAUUACAAUUCUCAUAUGAAAUUUUUUUAAAUCACUUUGUUUUGAAUGUUGAAAGUUUGUCAUAUCUUAAGAUCUGAACUAAAAUCUGAAUUUGAAAAACAUUAGCGAUAUUUCU